AUGAUUCCGAGAAUUGUUGCGAUUGUGGUUGUGACUGCGGUUGUAAUUGUCGAUUUCUUUUUUCAAGUAUUCGUUGUUGUUCUCGUUACAGAAGUUUUUGGUGAGCGAUAUUUAAGAUCACCAACACCUAAUGAUGUUGUGAUGCUUCUACACAUUGGUGAGCAGUGUGGUUUCCCAAGAAUGUUAGGUAGUCUAGAUUGCAUGCACUGGAAAUGGAAAAAUUGUCCAACGGCAUGGGUUGGGCAAUACACAGGUCGUAGUGGAUCACCAACAAUUAUUCUUGAAGCUGUUACUGAUUAUGACCUUUGGAUAUGGCAUGUUUAUUUUGGUUUGCCUGGCACCAAUAACGAUAUUUAUGUUUUAGAGUCAUCACAUUUAUUUUCCAAUCUUGCUAGCGGUAUUGCGCCUCCCGCCCAUUAUGUUAUUCAAGGAAAAGAAUACGAUAUGAGUUAUUACUUAGCUAAUGAUGUUGAACGUGCAUUCGGAGUUUUGCAAUCACAUUUUGCAAUUAUUACAGGACCGUCACGUUUUUGGAGAAAAGAAGUGCUACAUGAUAUAAUGACUACAUGUAUUAUACUGCACAACAUGAUAAUUGAGGAUGAAUGUGAUCUCAAUGCACCAAUUCAAGAUGUCGUAGAGGCUCCAACUCCAACUAUAGAAAUGGUGGUAGAUGAAAAUUUUCGGUUUGAACAAUUUUUAGCUAGACAUAAAAAAAUUAAGGACAAAAAUGCUCAUUUUGAACUCCGUAAUGCAUUAAUAGAGCAUUUAUAA